UCUCCCUCCCUAGCCUCUCCUUCAUGUAGCCAACAAGCUAUAUCAUCGUUUCCGAAGUAGGAAAAACUUUUCUUUUUUAAUCUCAUGACAACAAAGCCAAAGAUCAGACAGAACAAAACCUUUAUUGUCGGAAGCUGACUCACCACCAUAUUAUUAAUAUUAACCAAAUACACAAAACGUCUCUAGCGUCAAUUAUAUGCUAAAUUCACUAGCCGCUAAUAACCAAUCAUAAUCUCGAUCUCUUCUCUUUCAUCCAACAUUCUCCAAUCAUAGACAAAGCUUCCUGCUUUACGUUCAUUCUGUGAAUCUUUUCUUGUUUCUCAUCGUUGGAAUCGAAAAUGGGUCGAAUCGGUAUAGUGGUUUCUGAUCUUGUGUUGUCCUUUAUGUGGACAUGGGCAGGAGUUCUUGUCAACAUCUUAGUUCACGGAGUACUCGGAUUCAGCCGGAAAGAUACCACCGGCGAGAUCGUCCGGUAUCUCUUCUCCGUCAUCUCCAUGUUCGUCUUCGCAUUCCUUCAGAAACUCAGCAAAGGUGGACUUUACAACCCUUUAACCGCUUUGGCUGCUGGUGUCACCGGUGGCUUCAGCAAUUUCAUCUUCACCGUCCUGGUUCGAAUCCCCGUUGAGGUUUUAGGAUCAAUCCUUGGGGUUAAACAUAUCAUCCAUGUUUUCCCUGAGAUUGGGAAAGGACCAAAACUAAACGUAGCAAUCCAUCAUGGCGCUUUAACCGAGGGGAUACUAACAUUUUUUAUUGUCAUGCUCUCACUGGGACUAGCAAGGAAGAUCCCUGGAAGUUUCUUCAUGAAGACUUGGAUUGGUAGUAUUGCUAAGUUAACUCUCCAUGUUCUUGGUGCUGAUCUAACCGGUGGAUGCAUGAAUCCAGCAGCGGUUAUGGGAUGGGCUUAUGCACGAGGUGAACAUAUAACACAAGAGCAUCUACUUGUGUAUUGGCUUGGACCUAUCAAGGCUACAUUGCUGGCUGUUUGGUUCUUCAAUGUUGUGUUUAGGCCUCUCACCGAAGAAGAAGAGAAACCUAAGGCUAAGACUGAUUGAGUAAUAGAGGUUUAGCUUUCAUAUGCAAUCCUCUUCUUAUUAGAUUUUCAUAAUGUGUUUUUGUAUGUAGCAAACUCAACUGUAACAAUCAGUUCAAUAAAAUCUGAAUUUUGG